CUCCCACCACGUGUCCUCGCACGGUCGCGUGGGGCCGCGCUGGGGCGGCUGGAGCGGCGGAGCUGGUGGCGCGGUGAGUGCUGGGCCGCAGCCCUUGUCGCCCUCGGCGGCGACACCGCCCGUUCGGCCGGGGCCGCCUCCCGCCUCCGGAAACAUUGGAGACGCUGACUCCGAACUCCGGAAAGAUCUUGGCUUCAAAAGUCCCGGAAGAUGGGACGCACGAGAUGCACACUCCCUACACACCCAGCAGUUGUCGGCAGUCUUUUAAGGGGAAGCUCUUUGUACCGGCCUAAGGAAGCUUCGAGUACAGAGAAUUUGCGACCCAGAGGCGAGGAGUCCUGCCAGGUCUGGGUUGGCCUUCGCCCCCCAGGCACACCCUCCUCCGUGUCACGGACUUCGCUUUGGGGGGUCCUUUAAGGAAGAAAGACUGUUAAAUUUCUGGACUGGCCUGUGGACAGCGCCUGUGAAUCUGGAAAAUCCAGAGAUGGAGUCCCCAGCCUAUCCUCAAGACAGGACUCUGAAAGAAGAGCGAGAGGAGGCCGUUCGGAUCCAAGGAUUGGAGGAUGGCCCCCCCAUAGAUAUGCAGAAAGUACUGAUUGGUUCCAGAGGCUCGUGGGUACCAGUCCUAUUUGAUGAGGUGGCCAUAUAUUUUUCGGAUGAGGAGUGGGAAGUUUUGACAGAGCAACAAAAAGCCCUCUACCGGGAAGUCAUGAGGAUGAAUUAUGAGAUUGUCCUGUCCCUGGAAUUCCCAUUCCCUAAGCCAGACGUGAUCAGUCGGUUGGAAAGAGAAGAGGAGUAUCCUAAUUCUGAUGACUGGCGGCUCCAGGGAGUAACCUUUGCAGAAAAUGAAGAAUCCGACUUUAACACUCCACAUUGGGCAAGCCCAGUGACUGCCACCUCCCCUUUCCCUCAACCUCAGCAAUUCAACAGCUUUUGGCAUCUGCCUCGGGACAUCGCUGAGCUGCCUGAAUGGAGUGAGGGGUACCCCUUCUACAUGGCCCUGGGCUUCCCAGGGUGUGACCUCUCAGCUGAUGACUUGGCUAGCAGGUUUCAGUUCAGUAGGGGCAUGCGCCGCAGCUACGAUGCCGGGUUCAAAUUGAUGGUGGUGGAGUAUGCUGAAAGCACCAACAACUGUCAGGCUGCCAAGCAGUUUGGGGUAUUGGAAAAAAAUGUUCGAGACUGGCGAAAAGUGAAGCCACAGCUCCAAAAUGCCCAUGCCAUGCGGCGGGCAUUCCGAGGCCCUAAGAAUGGAAGGUUUGCUCUGGUGGACCAGCGUGUUGCCGAGUAUGUCAGAUAUAUGCAGGCCAAAGGGGACCCCAUUACCAGGGAAGCAAUGCAGUUGAAAGCUCUUGAAAUUGCCCAGGAAAUGAACAUUCCAGAGAAAGGAUUCAAGGCAAGUCUGGGCUGGUGUAGAAGAAUGAUGAGAAGGUAUGACCUAUCUCUGAGGCAUAAAGUGCCGGUUCCCCAGCACCUGGCCGAGGACCUGACUGAGAAGCUCAUCACUUACCAGCAGAGCGUGCUGGCUCUACGCCGGACGCAUGACUAUGAAGUAGCACAGAUGGGCAAUGCAGAUGAGACACCCAUUUGCUUAGAAGUGCCCUCUAGAGUGACUGUAGACAACCAGGGUGAAAAGCCUGUCCUGGUCAAGACACCAGGUAGGGAGAAAUUGAAGAUCACAGCCAUGCUGGGUGUCUUGGCUGAUGGGAGGAAGUUACCCCCAUAUGUCAUUUUGAGGGGAACAUAUAUUCCCCCUGGGAAGUUCCCCAGUGGCAUGGAAAUCCGCUGCCACCGCUAUGGGUGGAUGACUGAGGACUUGAUGCAAGAUUGGUUGGAAGUUGUGUGGAAACGGAGGACUGGAGCUGUGCCCAAACAACGAGGGAUGUUGAUCCUGAAUGGCUUCCGGUGUCAUGCCACUGACUCGGUAAAGAGUUCCAUGGAAAGCAUGAACACAGAUAUGGUGAUCAUCCCAGGUGGUCUGACGUCACAGCUGCAGGUGUUGGAUAUGGUGGUCUACAAGCCUCUGAAUGACAGUGUCCGGGCCCAGUAUUACAACUGGCUUCUGGCAGGGAACCUGGCACUGAGCCCCACUGGAAAUGCUAAGAAGCCACCGCUGGGCCUCUUCCUGGAGUGGGUCAUGAUGGCAUGGAACAGCAUCUCAAGUGAAUCAAUUGUCCAGGGGUUCAGAAAAUGCCACAUUUCCAGCAACUUAGAGGAGGAAGAUGACGUUCUGUGGGAAAUUGAGAGUGAGCUAUCCAGAGAACCACCAAAGGAAUGUGAUGCUGAAAGUGUGGCAGUCAACUGAGGAAAGAGCAAAUGAAACUGUGAUAGAAGCACCUGGAAGAAAAGAGCACUUGUAAGAAGAUGGCUGCAGAGGGGCCGAAAAGGACAAUAGGCUCUGAACAUCUCAGGUCUGGACAGCAGCCUGAGCAUCCCAUUUCAUGACAGCCCCACCCACCCUAUCCCAUCCGGUGUCAGCCAACAAGCUUAGAACAACAUUCUGUCCUGUUCCUCCUUUGGGAGCUGUCUCCUCUGCUCGUUAUAGAAGCCUGUAAACACAAAUGGACAAAGAUAUUUCCUGGAGAAGAGAAUGUUCAUCACCAAGAUGCGCCAUGUCACCACAGCUCUCGUGUCUCUUCUGUGGAGCAGAAACCUCAAGUAUAAACCUUUGCAGACGCUCCAGUAGAGCCUGACUCCACACAGGUCAAGACUACAGAAAAGCUCUGGUAGAAAGCCAUCACUCCUGUACUGCUGUUCUUACACGUCACUGAGGGAAUGAGAUUAAUAACCACAAAAUCGAGACACUGGCUUGGUGCCGGAAGAUGGCUUUUCUAGAGGUAACCUAGGUUAGUAUGGAAGAUGAGAGUUUAAAAUAAAUGAUGCUGUUGGACUUACCUUCCUAAUCUGGUCGGCAGCUAGACCUUUUUAGGGUUGAUGACCCUACUUUCCCUAUUACCCUCUUUAAUGAGGCAACCCUUGGUAUACAAGCCUUUGCUCUUCAGGCUGCUUGCAGAAGUCUCUAAAUCAUCUGCUGUCUACACAGAACGAGGCCCACUGACUCAUACUUGGGUUAAUUUCUUUAAUAUUUUAAUCUAAAGGGCAUGGGAGGGAUUGGGCCUUGAGCCACAGCUGCUUUCAGACUUCACAAAAUAUGUAUGAGUCAUUGACUUUUUCCACAAUAGUAAUUUGCAUUCUUGUGUAAGUUAACUGUUAAGAAAAACAUUCCUUCAAAGCUAUCUAUGCUACAAAAAUUCUACCAGAACCUCAUAGGCAAAGCCGUUGCUAGAUCUGUCAUUCAAAAUACUCCGUCUGCCCAACAGGUUGCUGUAACCACUUUUCCUCCUCCAUUCAGCUCAUGUGGACACUGUCCACCGUGCAUGGCAUCUUUACCAGUUUCUGCUCGGGUGCGCAUUUACCUGUUUGCUACCUGUUUGCUGUCCACUUUUCUGAUCUCUUUUAACCAGUUUGUCAGAGUUCCAAACACAUGAGAAUGACUCCUAAGAUCCGAAUGAACAGACAUCUUAAUUGUUUCUGAUUGGCUCUGUCUGUGCUGUCCUGUCAUCCCCACAUGACAUGUUACUCUCCAUCCCAUCAGGUUUUCCCUCCUUCCCUGUCCUCUUUCCCGACUUUCUUUCUCUUGCUUGGGAGCUUAAAAGAUGUCAUCUUGGGCUUCCCACACAGAAGCCAGGUAUCUUAACAAAGAGUAGAAAAUGGACCUAACUCCUGUUUCAUUCUCAUCAGCUGAGAUGCCUUACAGGUUGCAUAGCACUGGAACUUUCCUAGAGUGAUGGUUCUGCUGCCAGGGUCUUCUGGGAGUUCUCCUUCACUGGCUGAAGACGAUCUAUGCUGAACAGCCCCAGUACAGUUGUUUAGCAGAAUAACAGUUAACCAGAAAGUUACCAUAGCACACUGAGACUGCUACUCUCCACUAAAUAGAAGCUGAUCCCAGUAAUAAACUUUGAUAACAA